UCCAAAGUUGUUUAACUUCACUUUCCAAGUUCUCUGACAUCUUUCUAUUCUUCCCUUCCAAAGGCACACAUCCAUAAAAAAGAAACCAUGCCUAUCCGCUUGCCUCGUAUUGUUAGUGCUAAGAAAGUUCCCAAGGGCUACUUUGCAGUUUAUGUUGGAGAAAACCAGAAGAGGUUUGUGAUACCGGUGUCAUUCCUGAACCAGCCUUUAUUUCAAGAUUUGCUAGGCUUAUCGGAAGAAGAAUUCGGAUACAAUCAUCCCACUGGCGGUCUCAGAAUUCUCUGCGAUGAAGACGUCUUUCUUGAUGUUACCUCUCGCUUGAAUUGAUUGUGAGAGAACUAACACAAAUCAGCCUAUACAAUUUUGUAAAGCAAACAUCACUAAUACCAUGUAAACACUUUUUCUGCAUCCUUUUUGCCUUGGGGAGCAGAUAUAAGUCUCCACAAGUGGCAAAUUAGAGAUGGUGGUUACUGUAACUUUUUUCAAUCAGUAUGGAAAAUGACAAUAUGAAAAGCAUCGUUCAAUUGAAAUUUUGGUUUCUUUUCAGAAUUUCUUAUGGUCGCCUUGUUCUUGUUUUAUCUUUAAUUUAAAAUUACGUGAUUUCCCUUGGUCUAAAUUACUUCAUA